AUGACAACUAACAAGAUUUUUGCCUUGUUUUUGGUAUUUGCAUUCAUAUUUCAAGCGGUGCUUCUGAUUUUGACCUAUAAGUAUCCGAGGAGAAACGAGUGGGACACCGAUACGCCCGUUUUAUUGAUUGAUUUGGAUUUUUUGGAGAAGUUAAGUCAAGAAGAGUGUGAAUGGAAUGGGACAGCGAAGAUCAAGAUUGGAAUCGAUGAAACUCAAAAAGUCGAUAAAUCUGUCUUCAAUCACUCCCCAUUUGAAGUUGUUUUUUAUUCUAACAAUGAUAGUAAAGACUUUUUGGAAUUUCAUGAGGAGCCACGACGGAUUAUUCCAAAAAAUUUCGAGAGGCGAUGGGUUGGCAAUUUUGAAAUUCCUACGAAUACUCAAAGAUUUGCCGAAUUUUGGAAACGAUCGAAAUAUGUGGAGUGUCUUGGCCUAGAGAUGAAUCGGAAUAAAUCAGAGAAAGCCUACCAAAAUGGUCCAUACUCCGCCACAAAACUAGCUGAACUCCGAGAUGAACUAGUUGAUAUGGGAAUGUAUCCAUUUCUAAACGGCGGAACUUUUCUCGGAUGGUAUCGUGAAUGUACAGUAAUCCCACAUACCUACGAUAUGGAUAUCGCAGUAUUCAAGGAGAACUACAAUCCGGAGUACGCGGAGAAAGUUUUGAACGGGGAGAGCGAUUUCGGAUUGCGUAGAAAGUUUGGAAUGCUAGAAGAUUCUCUGGAAUUGACACUCUACCCCUAUUGGGACCAGGGAUUAUCAAUCGAUUUAUUUGUGAUGUAUGAUGGAAUGGAGAACGGAACAUUGACUCAUCACUAUGUUUCUGGUGUUAAUAGCGACGGCACAAAGUACAGAUACACCUACCCGAUGUAUGACCCCUGGUGUGCCGCCGUCCUCCAUGAUCACAUAUUUUGGGUGUCAUGUUCUCCGAUGAAACAAUUGAAGCAUGAAUACGGACCACUUUGGUAUUUGGAUCACCCGACAUCUCGAUAUGACUGGAGUAGUUCUGGAAAGAAUGUGAAAAUAGUCGGGAAGUUCAGCAAGGAGGAGAUGGAGAAGUAUUAUUUGUAUUACUAG